AUGGUUCCACGGUUCUAUCUACCGAUAUGCACUAUUCCCCUGACCACCAGCGGACUGGUGGACCGCGGAGCACUGCGCCACAUUGUCAAGGAAUCUUCACGCGAUAAAAUGGCCUUGUACCGGCGGGGGAAACUUCAAAAGAGGGAGACGCGGACCAGUAUUGAAAAGGUCCUUCAGGGGUUGUGGGCACAAAUCUGGUCCUUGGAUCCCAGCCAAAUCGACUUGGAUAGUCGGUUCCCUUCUCUUGGUGGAGAUUCUUUAACAGCCAUCGGGCUGGCUACCAUGUGUCGAGAGAGGGGAUUCAGGUUGGAGGUUGCUGAUAUACUUCGGAACACUAAAUUCGAACAUCUGGCCAGACUGGUGGAACAGAGGCAAGAUUUUCCGUCUCACCAGGAAACCAACGGGAAAUCAAGCACCACGGACGGCGUUUUCAAUCAGAUGUCGACACAACAUACCCAAGCUGCGAGAAUAUGCCAAAUCGAUGUCUCCCAAAUUGAAGAUGUCUAUCCAUGCACACCGACCAUGGAGGCGUUAAUCGCCGCCACGGCCCGAAUACCCAAUGCUUACAUUGCGCGUGAAUCCUUUCAAAUUCCCCCGAGCGUAGACUUGCAACGUUUCCGCUCCGCUUGGGAUCUCGUCAGCAGAAACAUCCCAUCAUGA